AUGAGAAUUCGGAACGGAUCAGGACAAGUUUUAGCUGGAACGUGCUACAGUUUUAUUAUUCUUGCAAGAGAUGAUCAUCAUCUAGCGGAGAACAGUUCUACGAAAACGAUUAAACCUAAAUCAAGUUGGCCGAAAGCAGUGCUUUUGCCAGCAUUGCCGUGCAAAGUGUCACCAUAUUCGAUAUGUGAUAUGAGCCGUGGUCUGCCAUAA